ACCCACUGGACGCUAAUCACUUUUUACUAUCUCCUGAAAUCGCGGAAAUACGACGUUUGAACAGCGGUCGGACGCGCAGCUGAUAUCAGCUCUCCCCGAAAACCCCCGCUUCCACGCUCUGCGACUUCUCACUGAUUCCACUUUUGAUUUCAGGGUGCCCUUUCGCUGUUUACUGCUUACUCUUUCAGACUGAAAUCUAUGAAUUGACAAGGUCUGCAAAAAAGAAGUUUCUCCCUCGUCUAUGAACUCAAAAUUCUUUUUUGAGAUCGCUGAUCUUUUGAUGCGUAGAAGACGAAUCUGGAUUCCCUUGAUCUUUUCCUUCAUAGCCGCAGGAUUUUUCUACAUUUCAGUGGUCAAAGACAAAGUGGACUUGCAGGCCGUGGUCAUUGCACCUACAGAUAAAUCUCUUUACUAUCUCACCACCAAACCAAUCGAGAAUACAGAAGUGGACAACUACUGUCCAUCAGAAAAUUUAGUGUAUGGGAAUUAUUGUGUGAUUUCGCAGAAUUUUGGAACGGGAUGGAACCCCAUUCAUUCAGGGCUCGUAACCUUAUGCACGCAAGGCACUUUGGAAUUCCUGCAUCAUGUCCUAAUUCUGUGCAGCAGAUGGAAUGGACCCAUGUCCGUCGCUGUUUACACUCCCCCCGAAGAUUAUGUGGACGCCCGAAAUUUAGUGAAUCUCCUGAGAAAAUGUGAUUUCUGCGUACGUCAUUGGGUAUCGUGGCACUUCUUUUUUCGUAAACAACAAAUGCCAGAUGUGAGCUAUGAAACCCUAAUGGACUGCCAUACCAUUACAUCGCCGAAGAAUCGUACAGCAAAACGGAGAUUUGAAGGUCCUUAUCCCAUCAACGUGGGCAGAAACAUUGCCAGAAACAACACUUUCACACCAUAUGUAUUUUCUAUUGAUAUCGAACUUUACCCUAGCUAUGGAGUGCUUGCCAAAUUCGAACGCAUGAUGAGUUCUACCCCACCAAGUGAGCGUCCGCAGGUGUGGGUCCUUCCUGUGUUCGAAGUUCAUUCCAAAUACCGGGCUCCUACUACCAAGUUCCAACUGAGUAAGAUGUUCAAUUUGAAGCAAGCGAUUUCUUUCCAUAAAUACCGAUGCAAUGAGUGCCAUAAAAUCCCAAAUCUCACUCAGUGGAUGGACCAAGAUUCUCAAUUGAAAUCUGAAACGGAAGAGUCAAUAGAAGAACUGCGAGUUUGGACAACAGUACAGAGGAAUCGAAGAUUCCGACUCCAAUUUUGGGAGCCAUUUUUCAUAGGCACUAGAGAUGACCCCGAGUUCCACCCUCAUCUUAGCUGGGAGGGAAAACAGAACAAAAUGCAAGUGGCCUAUGAAAUGUGCCUUCGGAAAUAUGAUUUCCAUAUUGUAGAAAACGCAUUCCUUGUUCAUUCUCCGGGAAUAAACAUUUACAAUGCUACGAAAGAAAAAUUUCGUCUAAAAUAUCAAUACGAAAAUGACAGGUGGAUGAAGACAAUUAAAAAAGAUCUUGCUAAGAAAUACGGAAGCACAAAAGGUUGCUGAAAUUUCUGACUUGGAAAGAAAAGUGUUCAUGUUUUUUCCUAAACAAACUUUGAGGACAAGAUGAAGGGACAUCAUUCUUCUAAAUGGAUCUGAUAGUUACAGCCAGUUGUGAAUAUCACUGUAAUUAUUUAUGCAUUGUCAUUCCAGUUUAAUUUUUUAUUUAAAUAUUUGUAGCAAGAUAUGCAAUUAUCAUAGAUAUAAUCGUAAUCAUUUUUACAUUUCAAUGGUAUCUUGGAAUGGGUACUAAGACCGGGAGUACCAGAAAGUACCAGGCAAAUAAGUGGAAUGAAAAGAUAUACUUCUGAAAUUAUUUCAAAAGAUAUUUAACUUAUAUUAACUUUCUUCAGAGCAUUAGUUUGUUUGUUUGUUUUUAAUUUUAAACACUCGUCCAAUAUUGCAAAUCAGGAUGAAGAGACUUGCUGAUCAUAUCCCAUAGUUAAAAAGUUAUGUUGAUCUCGUGGCAGUUAAGACAGCAGAACCGAAAGGUAGCAGUUUCUAAACUGUAUUCUUUAAAAUAACCGCUUGUGCGGCUUACACACAUUGAAUAAAUCGAAUGUCAAUAUUCUCCCACUGGUACCAGAUGGAAGUUUAAUGAAGAGUUUCUAGUUCAUGAGUCAUUCUCGUCAUCUGGUCAUAGUUUAAAAUCACGAGAUUCGUCUCUAAAUGCUCACUUUAAAGAUUCUAAAAAGAUAUUAAGGAAAUUAAACUUUAUCUCUGAUCUCUUUUAAGCAUUAAAAAUCAUUUCACAAAGCCACAAUGCAAGGAGAAAUUACUAAAAAAUUAGAAAAAUUGAGUUUCAGAUCUUGCAGAUAAUAAUGUUUAUAAGCUGCGGGCGGUAUGUUGUUAUGGAGCACACUGAAUAUAAGUGAAAAUUUUACCCAAGCUGAAAAAAUAUAUAUGGGUUAUAUUUUUAUAAAAGACAUAAAUUGACUUCGUCUUUCAAUUUUCUUAAAUCUAUUUUCUUUUAAAUUUACUUACUAUUUAAUGUUUUAUCUUAUCUCUAUAGAAAUUGCUGACAAGGAAUGAAAUUAUUUUUUCUCACAAACGUUUGAUGAGGGAAAUAUAAGUUCUUAGAAAGCGAAUAUAAUGUUCUUAGAAUAUGAAAAAUAUUCGAAAUGCAUCUCGAUAAAAAUUCUUAAACUAUAAUUAUAUUGUGUAUAUUCAGUGUAUGUUCUUUUCAACGUACUAUAAUUAUUUUAUUUGUAAUCUCAUGAAGAAUAACAAAGAGAUUUUAAAUGUCUAAACGAUAUUAAUGUCCAAGUGUUAAAUUUUGAUAUCUCAUUACUCUAAAUUUAAUUGUUAAAAUAUUAAUGAAUAUCAAUUUUUUUAUAAAAUUCUGUCGUCUUCAACAAAGCCAAAACUACUACAAACAGAAUCUUAUCCAAAUCAAAGAGAUUCCAAGGACUGCGUUAAAAAAAAUAGCUAAUUAUUUUUUGCAAUUAAACUCAUGAAAAUUCUGUUUAUAUGUAGAUGAAUGUGGUCGUUCCGUGAAGAAACUUCAUAAACACAGACCUGGCAAUGAAAUUACAGGUCUUGGAUGCAACUCCUAUUCACUUAUGAGUAUGUUUUGAAUGCAUACAGGUGAGAAAGUCAUAAAAUUAGUAUUAUUCUUGAAACUAAAAAGUUAUAUAAAUGUUUUAUACAUUGUGCCGUUUUUGAAGUUUUGUAUAGUUUCUGUGAGCACUGGAGCAUUAUCAUUUUUAAGCACACUUUUAAUUACUUGUAUGGAAUGCGCAUUGUCUCCACAACUGUAAUUAUUUUCAUAGUGUAGAGUAUUUAAAUCAAAUUUGUAAUGCUUCUAUAUGUUGUUAAUAAUUUUUGUAAUAAAAAUAUGUUUUCUUAACAAGACCUUUUCCAGUGUUUAAUA